AUGCGCCUGAAGACGGCGGUCGUUGCAACUGUCUGCGCCGCUGCUGAGGUGGCAGCGCAUGCAACAACGGGCAACGGAGCGACAUGCAGCAGCCUGAACGGCCCUUUCUGCACUUAUUUCGGCUUUGGCACGGCUCUUGCGCCGCUGCAUGCGCAGCAGAAUCUCGCUGCGGGUGAAAAGGAGUUGAAGGCGCUGGAGACGGACAAGAGCUUGAAGAUUGAGAACGUCAUGAAGGAGUUUGAGGUGCAAGCGACGACGGGUGGAGAAGACGCACUCGCGCACGAUCCCCUCUUGGAAGAUGAAGGCAUUGUGUUGUUUGAAAAGAUGAUGGGCGAGACUUUAUACACGAUGCUAUUGGGACUGGAUGAAGACGAGUCGAGUCGCGCUACCGAUAGUGUCGUAGAGCUGCUCGAAAGUCUGGAUGGAGACGCCCUAAAGGGUGUUUUUGUGAUUGCGCUGGAUGUUCUGGUAGCUGAAGCGACAACGACGUUGUACAAAAAGGCACCUAGCGCAACGGAGAACGUGCGUGUGACGGCGCGGGAGUUCAAGGCAGUGAAGGACUAUUCAACCUAUGUGCUCAAGAAGCUGAACAAGAAGCAGAUCGAGAGCAUCCAGUACAAGUUUGACAGUCGUCGGUUCGCGAUGAUGCAGAUAGCAUUUCAGCUGCUUGUCAUUGCUGGCGACGCGAGCGACCGGCUGCUGGCAAUUGAGACGACGAUUUUGGUGCUGCAACUCGCUCAAGAAGCUGCCGAAGCUGCAAAGAAGUUGGCGGAGAACGAAGAUCUGCGAAAAGCUGCUACUGCUGUCGUGUGA